CGGAAAUCGGAAGCUCAGUGCGAGAUGUCAUCUGUGAUGAUAUGCGUCUCGUUUGAUCUCUUUAGAGACUUCAGCGAGAAGAAAGAAUAAACUUUACUUUAGAGAGUUUCAUGCAAGAAUAUAUAUUUAAUAAAAAGAAAAAAGACUAUAUAUUCUUUUCACAAAAUAAUUUACAAUUAAAAUAAAUGCAAAAUGGAAGAGAGUAAAAAAAUUUCGUUCAGUUUUGUGAAAUCCGUGAAAAAACCGCUGCUGGACAAACCGACCCCAGAAGAGAAAAAAGUGGAAUACAUCGAAUGUCUCGAUGAGAGGGCGAUUAAAGUGAUCGGGAAAGAAGAAGAGAAGGACAAAACUCUUGUUAUCCCAUUAUUGCAAUCUAAAACAUGGCACGAUAGAAUUAUUAAUAAAAUAAAUGCUGACAUCUAUAAACAAAAAGUAAAGAGUAAAAAUGAUGUAUCUAAUAUACAACAAGCAGUUUCUAAUAUACAAAUAAAAAUAGCUAAUCAAAAUAAAAGUACAUUAGAUGAACAAGCAGCUAAGGAUAUAGAAGAUCUCAAAUCAGUAGAAGAAAAAGAUAAACCAAAUGAUUUAACUUUACCCUUAAUAAAGGAGCAAACUUUAAACGGCGCAGAGGAAAGUGUAUUAGAAGAUUACGAGAAUGUCCCAAUAGAAAGCUUUGGAACAGCUAUGUUGCGAGGCAUGGGAUGGAAGUCUGGAGAAGGGAUCGGAAAAAAUCCAAAACUUGUGACAACUGUUGUACCUGAAGUACGACCAGCAGGAAUGGGACUUGGUGCAGAUAAGAUUACUCUGCAGAAACAAGGUGGAAAAAUUAAAAAGGAAGAAGAAGAAUUAAAAUAGAAAAAGGAAGUUUAUAAAAAUCAUGCUGGCAAGCGAUCCAAUACAUAUGGCCAAAUAGAAGGUUUUGAUGAUGCAGGGAGAUUAAUUCUAAAAAUGGCAUUACAAGGAAAUACCAUUUCUGUAAAUGAAUGCAUAGUUCAAGCAGUCAAGGCAGAAUAUCUGAAAAGUUCUAAAGUUUUAAGUUAG